ACUUAGCUGUAGAUACCCGCAUAUCUAUGUAAUUUUCCUGUCCCCGUAAGCAUCCUCCAUGCUAACGGCCACGGAUACGGCUUGUCUCUUUCUCUAUCAGAUGUCUCAAGUCAAGGAUAGACCCGAAAAUUUUUGCCACCAACUCAUUUUGUUCAAUUAUCUGCCUUCAAUCUCGCCAACAAUAAUUCCCAUGAUUACUCCUAAAGACCUCUAUAAAGGAAAUAACGAUCAUUUGGUGGCCAGAGACCAUAGGAGAGAGAUUGGGAGAUAGGGAUGAGAAUGGAUGAAUCCUUCAAGAGGCCAGGAUCCAUUCCAUUCAAGUGGGAGAUCCAACCAGGAAUUCCCAAGCCUGACACCCAGUCCACCACUUCCUCACCAUGGACAACCAAGCUCAGCCCCCCUCCUUCCAUGACACCUCCAUCCCAAUCCCCCAGGAUCUUCACCUCCCCAUUGAGGCCAAAGCUCAGUCCCCUUCCUUACAGCACUCCUCCAUCCCCUUUCCAGUCCCCCAGCAUUGCUCGCUCUGCUUCAGCUUCGCCAUCCAAGCGCCGUGGUCACCAGAUUCUUCAGUCUAAAAUCCAUGCUUUCUCUCAUGAGGUUGCUGUGGUUUCACAGGGCUGCUUUCCAGUUCCACCAAUCCGACGCAAGGAUGACAAGAAAAGCAUGGGCAGGGGAGGCAUCGAGAUGAACUUGCCAUCUCGGCAUCGUUCCAUGUCGAAUCGGAGCUCACCUUCCUUCUCGUCACCUUUCAGGAAGUCAUCUUGGGCAAGGGAUCAGGUGGAGGUUGCCGAUCGCUGGCUCUUUUAGGCCAGUGUUAAUGGAUUACAGCUUAUUUUUGUAUAAAAGGAUUGGAACAUCCACCAUCAGCGUAGCAAGUAUAAUCUCUGGUUGUAUACCUAGUCAACAGCUAUAUAGGCGUUUUGCUUGGAUUUUCAACAGAAUGAGCUGAAGUCUUAUGUUAAGCUUCAAAUUUCCAUUGCUGUUACAAUUAAAGGAGAAAGUACAAGAAGCAGCACUAAUCCAUGUUUGUACGAGUUUUCUUAUAACAGGUGCUUUAUCUAGAUCAAUAUUAGAAUGCAGAUAAA